CAAACCCGUUUAUGUGUCACCCUAACGAAGAUUUGAGCCCUAGAGUCCCUCGCUCUCUGUGUAUGUUGUUCGGCGACUCGAGGAACCUGAAAUCUCCAUUGAUAUCCGUACCCGAAGCUUUAACAACAUCGCAUAAACCCUAGAAGAAGAUAGAGAGCCAAAGGUCACUGUAACACAUUUGAUUUUGGUUUCAUAGUUCUACAAUUAUGGCUAUAGACAGUGGUAGUCAAGACCAAUCUCACAAGUCUCAUCGUUCUCGCCAGUCUGGCCCUUCAGCAGCAAAGAAGGAAAAAAACAAUCAGAAAAAGCAGCAUAACCCUAAGGCAUUUGCUUUUAGUUCGACUGUGAAAGCGAAGCGAUUGCAAUCGCGUGCUUCGGAGAAAGAGCAACGGAGGCUUCAUGUACCGACGAUUGACCGGUCUAUAGGAGAACCGGCACCGUAUGUUGUGGUGGUGCAGGGUCCUCCCCAGGUUGGAAAGUCUCUUCUGAUAAAGUGUCUUGUGAAGCAUUACACCAAGCAUAAUCUACCAGAUGUUCGAGGACCCAUUACUAUUGUGUCAGGGAAGCAAAGGCGUGUACAAUUUGUGGAGUGCCCAAAUGAUAUUAAUGGCAUGAUUGAUGCUGCAAAGUUUGCUGAUCUAGCUCUGCUUCUCAUUGAUGGAAGUUAUGGUUUUGAAAUGGAAACUUUUGAGUUCCUUAAUAUUUUGCAAAAUCAUGGAUUCCCUAAAAUAAUGGGAGUUCUUACACAUCUUGAUAAGUUCAAGGAUGUAAAGAAACUUAAAAAAACAAAACAGCGCCUCAAGCAUCGAUUCUGGACCGAAAUAUAUGAUGGAGCUAAACUAUUCUAUUUGUCUGGUCUUAUUCAUGGGAAGUAUGCUAAACGUGAGGUUCACAAUCUUGCAAGGUUCAUUUCUGUUAUGAAAUUUCAUCCUUUGUCUUGGCGCACUACCCAUCCUUAUGUAUUGGUAGAUCGUUUUGAAGAUGUCACUCCUCCAGAAAGGGUGCAUAUGGAUAAUAAAUGCAAUAGAAAUGUCACUUUAUAUGGUUAUUUACGUGGAUGUAAUUUGAAGAAAGGAACUAAGGUGCAUAUUGCUGGUGUUGGUGAUUACAAUUUAGCUGGCAUUACAAGCCUCGCAGAUCCUUGUCCUUUACCUUCGGCUGCCAAAAAGAAGGGACUGCGGGACAAGGAGAAGCUAUUUUAUGCACCUAUGUCUGGACUUGGGGAUCUCCUAUAUGACAAGGAUGCUGUCUACAUAAACAUAAAUGACCACUUCGUGCAGUUUUCUAAAGUUGAUGAAAAUGGAGGAGUGACACACAAAGGAAAGGACCGAGAUGUUGGUGAGGUUUUGGUGAAAUCACUUCAGAACACAAAAUAUUCAAUUGAUGAGAAGUUAGAUAAAAGCUUCAUUACUCUUUUUGGAAAGAAGGUUAAUAUAUCAAAAGCUUCAAGCGAUCAAGAGGAUGCUCACAGAUCUGUUGAUCAAAUUAAUGGUGUUGAGCCUGCAGAGCAUGAUUCUGAUAAGGAAAGUGAUGCAGAGGAUCUAGAUGGUUUAGAAAUUUCAGACGAAGAUAAAAUCCUUCAAGAGGAUCUAACAAUGAAAACUCUGGAUGAUGAUUCUGAUGAAGAAAAUAAUAAUGAAAAUAACCGAAAGGAACAUAUUGAGUUCCAUGAUGGAAGGAUGAGGAGAAAAGCUGUCUUUGGAGAUGAAGCUGAUCAUGAUCAUUUGAAGGAUUUGGGUGAUGAUGAAGAUGAAGAUGAAGAUGAAGACGGUGUUCUUCAUUCAGAUUUUUCAGAGGAUGGGGAGGAUCAUGAUGCAAAUGAAGAUGAGAUGGGAAAUGCUUCAAAAUGGAAAGAUUCCUUGACAGAAAGGACCAUAUUGAGACAGAAUGAUAAUCUGAUGCAACUUGUAUAUGGGAAAUCUGCAACAAUGGCUACUACUGUUGAUGAUGCUCAAGCUAACAGUGAGGAUGAAGAAAGUGAGGAUGAUGAAUUCUUUAAGCCAAAAGGAGAGGGCAAUAAGAAAUCAAGUGGAGGUGUGGAUGGUGACAUUGUCAAUGUUGAUGAUUGCUCCAAGUUCACAAAUCAUACAAGUCUUAAGAACUGGAAAAUAGAAGAGUCAAUUGAAAGCAUUCGUGAUCGCUUUGUCACUGGAGACUGGUCAAAGGCUGCUCACCGCAGUCAUGCAUCAGAAGCUAUAGGAGACAAUGAUGAUGAUGUAUUUGGAGAGUUUGAAGACUUGGAAACAGGUGAGAAGUAUGAGAGCCACCAGAAGAGUAAUGCUGGUGAUGAUGAUUCCCAAAAGGAUGAUGACACCAAAAUUGAAGAGCGGAGGAUUAAGAAGCUUGCUUUGCGUGCAAAAUUUGAUGCUCAAUAUAAUGGGUCUGAAUCUCCUGAUGAGGAUACUGAUACCAAACAUGGUGGCAAGUUUCACCGAGGUCAAGCUAGUGAAGGUGGAUUUUUUGAUAAGCUGAAGGAGGAGAUUGAACUUCGGAAACAAAUGAAUAUAGCCGAACUCAAUGAUCUUGAUGAGGCCACUCGGUUAGAAAUAGAGGGCUAUCGAACUGGAACUUACCUAAGAUUGGAAGUCCAUGAUGUCCCGUUUGAAAUCGUUGAAUAUUUUGAUCCCUACCACCCUGUUCUUGUUGGAGGAAUUGGUCUUGGGGAGCAAAAUGUUGGAUACAUGCAGGCGCGAUUAAAGCGGCAUAGAUGGCACAAAAAAGUACUAAAGACUAGAGAUCCAAUAAUUGUUUCUAUUGGAUGGAGGCGCUACCAAACUACACCUGUUUAUGCCAUUGAGGACCACAAUGGACGGCAUCGUAUGCUCAAGUACACUCCUGAACACAUGCAUUGUCUUGCCAUGUUUUGGGGUCCUCUUGCACCUCCACACACAGGGAUAGUAGCUGUUCAAAAUUUAUCAAACAAUCAGGCAGCAUUUAGGAUCACCGCAACUGCACAAGUAUUGGAGUUCAACCAUGCAACACGAAUAGUUAAAAAGAUCAAGUUAGUUGGUCACCCAUGCAAGAUCUUCAAGAAGACGGCUCUUAUCAAGGACAUGUUCACUUCAGAUCUUGAAAUAGCCAGGUUUGAAGGUGCAGCCAUUCGAACUGUUAGUGGAAUUCGUGGGCAGGUGAAGAAGGCUGCAAAAGAAGAGAUUGGUAACCAACCCAAAAGGAAGGGAGGACAUCCUAAAGAAGGGAUUGCAAGGUGUACCUUUGAGGAUAGAAUUCUGAUGAGCGAUAUUGUUUUCUUGCGUGCAUGGACUCAAGUUGAGGUUCCUCGCUUUUACAACCCGUUGACAACAGCCUUGCAACCUCGUGACCAGACCUGGCGAGGAAUGAAAACAGUGACCGAAUUAAGGAGAGAACACAAUCUUCCUUUACCACUAAACAAGGAUUCACUGUACAAGCCAAUUGAGAGGAAGCAAAAGAAGUUCAACCCAUUGGUUAUUUCUAAGUCAUUACAGGCAGCUCUGCCAUUUGCCUCAAAGCCCAAGGAUAUUCCUAGUCGGAGGCGUCCACUUUAUGAACGUCGGAGGGCUGUCGUCAUGGAACCUCAUGAGCGAAAAGUCCAUGCUCUUGUUCAACAUUAUCAUUUGAUUAGGCAUGAGAAGAUGAAGAAGCGAAAGCUUAAGGAUGAGGAGAAGAGAAAAAUGCAUGAAGUGGAGAAAGCCAAAGACGAGCAGAUUUCAAAGAAGCGGCAGAGAGAAGAACGGCGUGGAAGGUACCGUGAGCAAGACAAACUAAAUAAGAGAAUCAGACAAACUAAAUAAGAGAAUCCAGAAAAAUGCCAGGGACUAAAUGUUCCAAUUUGCAGAUUCCCUUUCCCAGUUUUGUUUUUAUAGGGGGGCACAAAGGAAUCAAUGGUGUAAUGGAUAGGCUCAGAGGUUGAGGUUGUAAUAAUAACUGACUUAAUUAUUUGGGAUACAAGAAGAGUUGGUUUGGUUUGGUAACAUUUGUGUAAAAACUAUUCAAGAAAUUAAUUUUUGGAAAUUCAUUUGCCUCCGUGAUUUUUUUAAAA